UGAAGUCUGGAUAUUCCGCAUUUGCGCCUCUUCUGUUUACAGGUCCAUAAGGACAGCAGGACAGUUUACUCUUAAAAAAAGAAAAAAAAAACUACAGUCUUCGUCGACACAUAGGCCUACGUGUUGUAAUCAUGAGUGAAUGCAUGAACUUCACUGAGGGAGAGUUCUAUCAGCGGCAUUUUGAUUCGCGUGCAUAUGUUAAAAAUUUCUAUUCCUGUCCUCGCGGUCACUCUGACGAGAAGGAUUUUCUCACUUUCGUUUUAGGAUGUCUUAGCCGAGUUUUCUCCGCGGGAGAACAUGGAGGUCAGAGGCUGAUUGAUGUGGGCAGCGGACCAUCUAUCCACAGCGUCUUAAGCGCGUGCGAACACUACGACGAGAUUGUGCUGUCUGAUUUCGCUGAUAACAAUCGAAUAGAAAUUGAAAAAUGGUUGAAAAAUGAAGAAGGCUGUUUAGAUUGGAAACCUAUUUUGCAGCACAUCUGUGACCUGGAGGGGAAAAGCCCGUCUGAUUUGGAGGCUUCGCUUAAGCAACGAGUCAAAAAGGUUUUAAAAUGUGAUGUCCGGUUGGAUAAUCCGUUCUAUCCACACACAUUGGAACCAGCGGACUGUGUCAUUACAUCUCUGUGCCUGGAAGCAGCGUGUAAAGACAUUCAGACAUACCGUCGCGCUUUACAUGGGCUGAACAAGCUCCUGCGUCCUGGUGGAAUUCUGGUCAUGGUUGGUGUUCUAGGUGAGACAUUCUACAAGGUGGAUGAACAAUCCUUUUCUUGUCUUAGACUGAGUCAGUCUGAUAUUGAGGAAACGCUCAGAGGUUUAGGCCUCUCUAUCCAAGAGUUUAAUUUACUGCCUGUAGAAGAGGAGCCCGGAAGCAACUCCGUGUCUGACUUUGAGGCUGUUUUUCAACUUGUGGCGAGAAAACCUUCCGACUGAAUAGAGGAAUAAUAAAGCAAAAUCGUUUGUAUUUAAAACUUGAGCAUGCAAUCAAUCCUGUUGUAUAGCCUAUGAUUUUCUUGCUUAUUAAUAAACGCCACAAGAUAAAUAUGGAAUGCUUAACUCUUAAAGAUACGUUACAAAUUGUUUGAUCAAAUAACGAUUUUUGUCCUUUUUACUAUGGCUUUUAAUGAAAUAAACAUUGGCCUACUGUGAAAUCAA